CCCACUUUUUGUGCUAGCAAAGAUCACAAUCACAAGUCGAUCGCCUGCUGCAAAUUUGAGAAGGGGGCCAAUCCACUCUGCUUGUCACCGCUACCUACCCCGACCACCACCCACACGCGGACGCCUGCCGGGAUGCAGUGGGCCGUGGGCCGGCGGUGGGUGUGGGCCGCGCUGCUCCUGGCUGCCGCUGCUGUGCUGGCCCAGGUGGUCUGGCUCUGGCUGGGCACGCAAAGCUUCGUCUUCCAGCACGAAGAGAUCGCGCAGCUGGCCCGGCAGUAUGCGGGGUUGGACCACGAGCUGGCGUUCUCUCGGCUGAUCGUGGAAUUACGGCGGCUGCACCCAGGCCACGUGCUGCCCGACGAGGAGCUGCAGUGGGUGUUUGUGAACGCGGGCGGCUGGAUGGGCGCCAUGUGCCUUCUGCACGCCUCGCUGUCCGAGUACGUGCUGCUCUUCGGCACCGCCCUGGGCUCUGGCGGCCACUCGGGGCGCUACUGGGCUGAGAUUUCCGACACCAUCAUCUCUGGCACCUUCCACCAGUGGAGAGAGGGCACUACCAAAAGUGAGGUCUUCUACCCAGGGGAGACCGUGGUCCACGGGCCUGGUGAGGCAACAGCUGUGGAAUGGGGGCCAAAUACAUGGAUGGUGGAGUAUGGUCGGGGUGUCAUCCCAUCUACCUUGGCCUUCGCGCUGGCUGACACAAUCUUCAGCACCCAGGACUUCCUCACGCUCUUCUAUACUCUUCGCGCCUAUGCCCGGGGCCUCCGGCUUGAGCUCACCACCUACCUCUUUGGCCAGGACCCCUGACCAGCCAGGCCUGAACGAGGACCUGUGGAUGGACAGGAGCAGGCAGGCCUGCAUACAUCCACUUUCUGGAGCCCAUGUGAAAAGACAGGGACACAACAUGCAACUACUAAGUUCCUGAUGUACGAGCAGGGACACACAUGCUUAUGUAACCAAAUACAGAGACUCGUGGGAACAUAUGGGACAUACAUGCAGAUACAAUCCCAUGUGUACGGCAGCAUCAUACGUUCACAACCAUCCAGAGAGGGAACCCCACAUGUACCAAGGGGGCCAGUCAUAUUCAGACAUACCACAAGCUUGAAUCACUAACUCAAGCCUUUUCCAGAGCUUUCCUGCCACCAGUCAAGGCUCUGGAGUUGGUGAUGGGUGUAGGUAUUAUACUCUGUCUGGGCCUGACCCUUCAACCCAACAGCAGCUGAGGUGGGAGGGAGAUGAAGGGUUGCCUGUGGAGGCCCCCCUCAUCUCCCCAUCCUCACCAUAUGCCUUACCUCAUUCUGUUCCCCUUACUAUGCAAGUGCUCUCAUGGCCUGUCCCCACUCUUAGCAACUAAGUCAGCUGGGAGAACCGUAAGAAUGGAGAAUGCUGAGGUCAGGGUCCUUCUAUCCUGAAAGACCCCCAUGCCUUUCCCCCAUUCGUCCCUUAGGAGUGUGAUUGGGGGAGGCUGGCCUCAGCUCAGGGCCCACUGCUGGGCAGAGGACCUAGAGAAGUUAGCCUAGGUCCAGGGGGCCAUCCCUGGCCUACAAAGGCCUUUUCUGCACACAUACACCCUCAUCACAGCUUCCACAUACUGCCCUUGAUGUCUGUCCACCUGUCUCUGUUAAUAAAGACUUGUUGAACAGUCA